GCAAGGAGCGCGCGCUCCACAUCCGAAAGCCGGCAGCACUUUGCGUUGCGCUGCCGCCGCCGCCGCCGCCGCUGAUGAACCACAGCCGCGGCUCGCCUCUUUCGCUCUGAGCCUCCCGUUUGCUAUCGCCGGCUGAUUCUGAUCGAUUUACCGAGUCGAGUUUCUAGAGUUUUAUUAUACGUCGCUCGAUUUACUCGUCGUCGUCCCCCUCUCUCGUCGGCGGCCGCAGACAACCGGAGGCUUUCUUCGCUCCACCGAGAAGUUUUACGGGGAUUGUUACAUCGGCCGAAGCAGACAGGGAGGCUGCUGCCGUGCGUCCUGCUCUGCCUGACCAUGCUGAUGAUGCUGCAGCCGUUCGGUUUGCACGUGCCCGUGUGCGGGGACGGCGCGCUGGCCAGCCGGUCCUGCACCUCGCCUGAUGCUGCCUUCGGCGUGGACGACAUCGCCGGACUAUUCACGGGACCAGUGCUUCAUUUCUCCACGAGUGGCGAGUCCGCGCUAUCCCAUCUUCCUCAUUCUCAUCACCAGCAGCACCACCAGCAACAGCACAAUCAGCAGUUCAACGGCAGCUACAGCACGAACAGCGGCACCACAGGUGCAGCAGCAUCAGACUCCGUGCCGUAUACCUCCACCUACGGACAGCUGAGUCCAGUUGGGAGCCUUUCGUAUUACGGGCAACUGUCUGUCGGAGAUGUACGGGACGUGGAGCCGAUGUCCCCACAGAGCCCCGUCGACUCCAAGAAGCCUAGCAAAAGCAAGGGGCUCGCGAAUGAGGACGACCGGAAGAAGCGGCGGCGGGAGAGGAACAAAAUCGCGGCUGCGAAGUGCCGCAGUAAAAAGAAGGAAAAGACGGAGACAUUGGCUCAGGAGUCGCAGCGAUUGGAAGGCCACAACUCGAACCUGCGGUCACAGCUCGAAGCGAUGCUCGGGGAGAAGCAGCGCCUGGUACAGCUCAUCAACAUGCACCGGCCAUCAUGCAUUGUGCAUGCAAGCAGCACGUCCCCUGGCGUUGAGCCAACGCACCACAGCAAUGCUCCGUGACAACGCCACGCCAUGCGGCCACGAGAAGAUGCCGUUGGACAAAACAGAGACUCGAGACAAUAAUGGAUAAAUUGCAAAUUUGAAAUUAAGGGAAAUGGAACGUAAGCCAACAGUUUUGACCAGGAAAAAGAGAAGGGUCCUCUUCCUCUUUGCCUUUGCAAGAAUAAUUAUCAGCACCCACUCUCCAUUGUGCCCUGAUGCAAAGUGUGGCACUGAAAUAGUAUUGGGGAGUGUACCGACCCUAUUUAAUCCCUGCUUUGGACUGUUAAAUUGCCUCUUUGGCCAAUACCACACCCACUGCUAACCUGGCGUCAACAUGUUAAUAUUUGGCACCACGAUUCUGUGAAAAGAUGUGUGGUGUUGACCUGUUGCAGAAGUGAAGAAGAAAAAAAGAAGACAACUAUGAAAUUUAGCUGAAAAGCAAAGUCCAAUUUGUCGAAACGUAGAAAGAACUCUGCUUUGUGAUGAAGCAAUCCAGCCAUGAGAAUUUGCACUAAUUAUGAUUUCACACAGUUAUCGUGCUCCGUCAAGAAUGUAGUGCUGCGUGCAUACUGUAGCCGUAGGUUGUUUCCUGUUUGUGGUAUCUUGUUCAUCAAGCUGCCAUGUGUGCGGAUUUCAAAACGUCACAAGUACCAAGAAGCCCUCUACUUUAUCUAUCCGUCUUAAUAGACUUUGCCCAAUUCAACGGGAAAAUGCAUUUAGAAAUCGAGAAACACGCAGCACAUCACACACCUGUAUUCAGCUAAGAAUGUAUGCGCUAAAGCCAAUCGAAAGGUUUUUAUUCUAAACUUUUUUUGAAAUACAUGACGUUGGCUAAUGUUUAAGUAUUACAUAUAGGUGUUUCAUAAAUUGUGUACAGUAUUAAGUCUAGACAUUGUCAGAUUUGUAUAACAUGGCAUGCAUAGCAUUCUAUUGAAACAAACAUAGGAUUGUUUAUGGCUAUACAUUUUUUUACCGUUAAUUUGUCAAUUACAUUCACUAUUAUAUUUUGUAUCAAAAGAAAUAGCAUUGUAUACGCCAACGAGUCAACGUACUUAUUCACAUUGUUACACAAUAGGUACUGCAUUUAAUGUAUAUAUAAAUACGUCAAAAAUAUAUACUUUUUAAAAUAUA